AUGGUUCCCGGCAUUCAUGAGAUGUUAGAGAAAAAUUUGCUCUGGUUGAUCAUAAUAGUUAAAAUAAUAGUUCUCUGUUUCGUAACGAAUGACUGCGACCCUGAUGGAAAUUGGCAGAAUUUAGAAGUGGCUCAUCUUCAAGCUUUUGAAUACGGUUAUCGUACCUGGGAAUGGAGAUCCAUGACCCACAGCUAUAUUUAUCCAUUCAUCAUCUCGAUUAUAUACAAGAUACUAGCCAUCGUUGGGUUGGACUAUCCGUUGAUGAUUAUUUAUUCACCAAGAAUAUUUCAAGCUGUGUUAAGUGCGUUUGCUGAAUACCGAUUAUUAAAAUGGACCAAUAGCCCCGAAGCAGCAAGUCUCUUAGUGUUAAACGGAUUCUGGCAAUUUUGUUCUACAAAGACACUAGACCAUACCCUGGAAGCUUCAUUGAUGAUUAUAGCUUUAUCAAUCUACCCAUGGGAAGAUAAAGACAAACAUGGAUCUAAGUUCAUCUGGCUAAUGGGAUUUAUGUUUUUUAUUAAACCAACCUCGGCAAUUAUGUGUGUUCCAUUAUACAUACGCCACAUGUACAAUAGUGACAAAACCAUUAAGCAACUCAUAAAAGACUAUUUCUUCAUUGGGAUGUGUGUUUCUGGAAUCGCAAUCGCUAUCGACAGCUACUGCUAUGGACAACUUGUGGUAACUCCGUGGGAAUUUUUGAAAACCAAUAUUUUCACCGGCAUCGGCAAUCACUAUGAAACAAAAUACAUACUAUGGUAUAUUCAUAUCACAAUACCCUAUUUUUUGGGUUUCGGAAUGUUUACAUUACCCUUUGUGUUUAUGAAAUUAUUCUUUAACGAAAUGGACGACGAAAGGCAAGAGACAAGCAUAAUUAUAUUCUGCUGGACAAUCCUGUGGAACUCAUUAUUACCACAUAAAGAGCAUCAUUUCCUUCUUUCACUCUUACCAUUACUAGUCUUCUUAUCCGCUAAAUUUGAAUGGUCUGAAGUGACUAAUAAACUAAUAUCAAGUAUCUUAAUUCUGAUUACAAUUAUUAUAAAUAUCGGCAUUUUUUACUCUUUUGCUAAUGAUCGGAGUGGAGCAACAGAAAUUAUGAGUUAUUUAAGAGAAGAGAUAGCUAGCAGUCCAUCUAAUGUUGACGUCAUGUUUUUGACACCUUGCUACUCAACACCAUUAUACAGCCACGUUCAUAAAGACAUUCCAAUGGAACUUUUAAACUGCGACCCAAAUCUAAAAAAUCAAGAUAAUUAUCUAAAUGAAGCUGACAUAUUUUUCAACGAUCCUAUGACCUGGCUAGAAAAGCGUUAUACCAAUUCUACACUUCCAUUCUUCGUGGUAAUCUACGAUAAUUUAGCUCCUCGUAUAAAGGGCUUUGUAGAUAAUUAUCACCUUGUCGUUAGUGUAUUUGACUCUUUCUACCCAUCGACUAAUCGCGUUAAUGAUAAUAAUAAUUAA